AGAACUGUUACUGCCGAGUGGAAUACCACCAUUUGUUUACCAAAAGUCAUCAGCGAGCUUCGAAAAAUCAACCCCGAAAUAAGAAUCAUCCUCCACCAAGACAAUGCAAGCUCGCACACAGCUCAAAAAACAAGGCAGCAUUUAACGGAAGAAAACGUGGAAUUAUUGGACCAUCCUCCAUAUAGUCCCGAUCUAAGUCCUAACGAUUUCUUCACUUUCCCGAAAACUAGAAAUAGACUGCGUGGUCAAAGGUUCCACUCACCAGAAGAAGCAGUUGACGCAUUCAAAAAUGCCGUUUUGGAUCUGCCAGCAAACGAGUCUGAUAAGUGCUUCGAAAAUUGGUUCGAGCGCAUGCAGAUGUAUAUUAAUCUUCGUGGAGAAUACUUCGAAAAACAAUAAAGUCAUUUAAAACUACCUAUCAUGUUGUUUUAUUUCCAUAUGCAAAACUUAAAAGACAUCCCUCGUAUGCAGCCGCUGGCAUGACACGAGGCAACACCAACUGCUGCUAAGCACUAGAACUACUUUCAUCCUGUGCUUAUGUCGCUAUUUCCACCACUGUGAAGUGUCUGCAACUUGAAGAUGAGGCUUGCCUGGUAUCAAACCUUUUGGGCGAUAUUCCACUGACGUAUUGAUUCGAGAAGCUUGAAAUGCGUAUAUUAGAAAGAGAUAGAAGGAACACGUUCAUAAACGUAUUGCAGUCUUCUCUCAUGUACACAUUACGACGUCAGUGACUUUUGGGUUUCUCUAUAUGCAUGAGAAGUAAAAACAGACGAUUGCAGUAUUUUUAUAUGGACGUCGUUGUUUUCCCGAAUACCAGUAAUAAUGGUCUAAUAAAGUAGUUGAAAAAGUGCUCCA